CCGCGUCCCCGCAGCUGCCCCCGCAGCGCGCGGAGCCGGGACGCGAGUCAUGGAGGAGACGCCGCCCCCAGGCUGCAGCAAGCCGCACCUGGAGAAGCUGACCCUGGGCAUCACCCGCAUUCUAGAAUCUUCCCCAGGUGUGACAGACGUGACUAUCAUAGAAAAGCCUCCUGCUGAACGUCAUAUGAUUUCCUCAUGGGAACAAAAACAUAACUGCAUGCUACCUGAGGAUGUGAAGAAUUUUUACCUGAUGACCAACGGCUUCCACAUGACAUGGAGUGUAAAGCUGGAUGAGCACACCAUUCCACUGGGCAGUAUGGUUAUUAACAGCAUCUCAAAACUGACUCAACUCAACCAGUCUUCUGUGUAUUCACUCCCUAAUGCACCAACUCUGACAGACCUGGAGGAUGAUGCACUUGAAGCCAGUGAGAACCAGCCAGAGAAGCCUCACUUUGAUUCUCGAAGUGUGAUAUUUGAGCUGGAUCCUUGCGAUGGGAAUGGGAAAGUUUGCCUUGUCUACAAAAGAGGGAAGCCAGCAUUGGCGCAAGACGCUGAGAUUUGGUUCCUGGACAGAGCGUUAUACUGGCAUUUUCUCACAGAUACCUUUACCGCUUACUAUCGCCUGCUCAUCACACACCUGGGCCUGCCACAGUGGCAGUACGCCUUCACCAGCUACGGCAUUAGCCCACAGGCCAAGCAAUGGUUCAACAUGUAUAAACCUAUCACCUACAACACAAACCUACUCGCAGAAGAGACCAACUCCUUCGUGAACAAGCUGGAUCCCAGCAAAGUGUUCAAGAGCAAGAACAAGACCUUAAGCCCCAAAAAGAAAGGGCCUGUCCAGCCUGCAGGUGGCCAAAAAGGGCCCUCAGGUCCUCCUUCCACCUCUAAAUCCUCUUUUAGUCCUGGAAACCCUGUCCGCAAAUGAGCACCUCCACAUCCCUGCCAGCGCCACAGCGAUGUUUUCCAUGCACAGAUGGCCCAAGCCUCCGGUUCUGUGUGUGGCACCACAGGCCUCUUCGCCGUCUAAGUGAGCCAAAUCAUAGUCCUUUUACUCCUGUUGGCAUUAGCCAGGAGUUCAAGGGCAUUCUCAGGUCUCCCCCCGAGUCCUUUCCUCACCCCCAGCCUCCAAAAGCUGUGGAGAGCUUCAGAACUUACUAAGUAGCUAAAUAAUCUGUUCAGGGCUUUCCCCUCUCCCCAUCCCCACUCCUCUGCAUCCCUCAGCCGUGAUUAGAGAAGGCCCCUGAGGAAAUCGCUGGUUUUGACCCAUGAGACAUUAGAACUGUAUUCUUCAGUUAGUAACCACUAGCCACAUGUGGCUGUUUAUAUGAAAAAUUCAGUUCCUCAAUUGCAUUA